AGAGAGACAGAGAGAGAGAGAGGGAGAGAUCAAAGAAAGAGACAGAGGAGGAGAAACAAGGAUGAGAGAUAGCAGCUCUGCAGCGAGAGCGAGCGCCCUGCCAGCCUGCGCAACGUGUGUUUACUCCACUCUUCCUGAGAGCCGGUUAUCUUCCCUCUGCGUGAGUCAUGGAAGUGAUUUAGGUGAGUGGAGCGGCACGGAGCAGCGGUGGAGAGCCACAGACCUGUGUGUGUGUCUGCACUGUGGGCAGGCUUUCUCAUUUCAUCAGUAAGGAUCCAUGCCAGUCCACAGAACCCUCCCAGAAACAACAUACAACCUGACCACACUGGCAGGCAGCGAGAGGCAUGAUCCUGAGGCUAAUGUGGAAGUCCGUGGACAAGAUGAGGUGUUUCAGGAAACGAUCCGUGUUCCCCUUCCUCGGCUUCCUCAUCACCUUCCUGCUCUUUUUCAACCUCUAUAUGGAUGAUGGAUAUGUGCUGGAGGCUGAAAAAAGACAGCUGGGAGAGACUCUGAUGCAUCCUGCGAACUCUGAAAGAUACGUCCACACAUUCAGAGAUCUGUCUAAUUUCUCCGGGACUAUUAACGUGACGUACCGCUACCUUGCAGGAAUUCCUUUGCCACGUAAAAAGUAUCUCACCAUCGGUUUGUCAUCUGUGAAGAGGAAAAAGGGGAAUUACCUCCUGGAGACGAUCAAAUCCAUCUUUGAUCAGUCCAGUUACGAGGAACUCAAAGAGAUUGUGGUUGUGGUCCACCUUGCAGACUUUGAUCUGGUCUGGUGUGAGAACCUGGUGCAGGAGAUCACCAGGAAGUUUGCUCACCACAUCAUAGCAGGACGUCUCCUUGUGAUCCACACUCCAGAGGACUACUAUCCAUCUCUGGAUGGGUUGAAACGGAACUAUAACGACCCGGAGGAUCGGGUCCGUUUCCGCUCUAAGCAGAAUGUGGACUACGCUUUCCUCCUAAACUUCUGCACAAACCUCUCUCACUUCUACAUGAUGUUAGAGGACGAUGUGCGCUGCUCCAGGAACUUCCUGACGGCGCUGAAGAAGGUGAUCACCUCCAGAGAAGGUUCCUACUGGGUGAUGCUGGAGUUCUCCAAGCUGGGCUACAUCGGGAAGCUGUACCACUCCAAAGACCUGCCGCGUCUGGCUCAUUUCCUCCUCAUGUUCUACCAGGAAAUGCCCUGCGACUGGCUCCUCAUCCACUUCAGGGGCCUGCUGGCCCAGAAAGACGUGAUCCGCUUCAAGCCCUCGCUGUUCCAGCACAUGGGCUACUACUCUUCAUACAAAGGAGCGGAGAACAAGCUGAAGGACGACGACUUCGAGGAAGACUCCAUAGACAUUCCUGACAACCCUCCUGCCAGCCUUUACACGAACAUUAAUGUCUUUGAGAACUAUGACGCCACAAAGGCUUACAGCAGUAUCGUUGAUGAAUAUUUCUGGGGGAAGCCUCCAUGCACCGGAGAUUUCUUUGUCAUUAUCUUUAAUAAAUCAACUAAAAUCAGCAGAAUUAAAAUAGUGACAGGCACAGAGGACAGACAAAAUGACAUUCUUCACCAUGGAGCACUGGAAGUAGGCCAGAAGUCUGUGGACACUAAGCAGGGGAGGCAGUGUUCAUCCUACAUCACGUUAGGAGAGUUUAAAGGUGGCAGCAUUGAAGUUACCAACGUGGACCACAAGAUCGGCUUCGACAUCGAGUGCGUGAGAAUAGUCGUCACUGCCAAUCAGAAAGAGUGGGUCAUUAUAAGAACUAUCAGUUUAUGGACCACGCAGCCUGUUAGUCAGAGUUUUUAAAUCAUCAUCUGUGUGUGUAGUAUUACAUUUGGAUGCAGUUUCUAUGAGUUCAUUUUGGACUACUCCUGAGAAAGGCGUGUUUCUGGGAUUCACAGCAAUCCAUAUUUUCUUGGGUUGUUCAGAGAUCUGCUGUUUGUUUUCAGUGUGAUGUAUUAAAAUGACUUAUCUGUCUGGUAUGAAGCCUUUAUACUUAUUUUUGUUUUCCUAAAGUGAAAAUCUGUAUAUAAAA